AUGUUCUCUUUGCAGACUUCUGAGGAUGCAAUCAAGGCAGCCCCAAAUGCCGACAAAGCAACUCCUUUCCGAGACUUCUUUUCACAGCCCGUCAUUGCUGCCUUUUGCGGCGGCGGCGUAGCUGGUGCCGUAUCGAGAACUGUCGUCUCGCCCCUCGAACGAUUGAAGAUUCUAUAUCAAGUGCAAAGCGCCGGUCACAAUGAAUACAAGUUGCCCGUAGGCAAAGCGCUCGCAAAGAUGUGGCGCGAAGAAGGUUGGAGAGGUUUCAUGCGUGGAAACGGCACAAACUGCAUUCGCAUAGUCCCAUAUUCAGCGGUGCAAUUUGGUAGUUACAAUCUCUACAAGAAGCAUUUCUUUGAGACUUCGCCGGGAUCUUCUCUCAGCCCGGUGGAAAGACUUGUGUGUGGUGGCAUAGCAGGUAUCACCUCGGUCUUUUUCACCUAUCCUUUGGACAUAGUCCGCACGCGACUAUCGAUUCAAUCAGCAUCAUUCGCUGCUUUGGGCGACAGGCCCAAAGGAGAGCUGCCCGGCAUGUGGCCGACGUUGGCCACCAUGUAUAGGGAAGAAGGCGGCAUCAAUGCUCUUUACCGGGGCAUCAUUCCUACGGUAGCGGGCGUCGCACCCUAUGUCGGCCUGAACUUCAUGGUCUACGAGUACGUGCGAAAGCUGUUGACGCCCGAGGGGGACCGUGACCCAAGCGCAUGGCGGAAGCUGUUGGCCGGUGGCCUGUCUGGAGCUGUGGCACAGACCUGCACAUAUCCCUUCGAUGUGCUGCGGAGAAGGUUCCAGAUCAACACCAUGUCUGGUAUGGGCUACCAGUACAAAUCAAUAUUCGACGCCGUGAGAGUUAUUGUUGGUCAAGAAGGUAUCCGAGGCUUGUAUAAGGGUCUCGUUCCCAAUCUACUCAAGGUUGCCCCCAGCAUGGCAGCCAACUGGCUCAGUUUCGAGAUGACGAGAGACUUUUUGAUUGCUCUCAAUGAUCCAGAGCCUGUCAGAUUAUAG